AUGAUCCACGUCAAGGCCGUAGCCAUGGAAAGACUGCGUUGCUUAAAUGACUGUUCAAGCAAGAUGCAGGGCAGUGAUGGAGAAAACGUCAUACUUCAACAGUGUGAGAACUCAGAUUAUGAUGAUAACAGUAGGAUGAUGAGGAGAGAGAAGAACAAAGUUGCAGCCCAGAAGAGCAGAAAGAGACAGACACAGAGAGCAGAUGAGCUGCAUGAGGCGUAUGCUUGUCUGGAGCAGAGGAACCGGCAGCUGAGGAGGGAGGUGGCGUCUCUGUCGGAGGAGCAGCACCGCCUGCUGAAGCUCCUCCAGACUCACGAGCCCUGCUGUCCCAUGAUGCACUGCUCCACUAACCUGGGGACAGGACCCAGGGAUGUUACAGAGAGGCCCCUGAGUUUGAUCAAGACAACGACACUCACCAUCUCCCAUCGCUGACACAAGGACCAGGACACAGACACACAAUGUACUUUUUAGUUUAAGGUAUCGUACAUCAGAUCGUGUUUUGGAUCAGUGACUCAGACCCAGUUCAGUUGACCCCAACCGGAAAAACCCUGAACUCAGUCUCCUUCUGUAUGGCUAUUGGCCAUGCUUCUUUAGUUCUGGUAAAUGUUUGAAAACCACAUCUCUUAUUGUGGGUGUUUUGGUCCACCGAGUACGGUAGACCCUGGCUUUAUUAAAGUUAACUUCUCUUUUACUAGAGACAAGAUUCACACCCGUGACCAAUGAACCAUCUACUUUUGGUAGUUAUUGUUUUCCCUCACAAUUAAUUUGUGUAACAAAACAGCUACAAAACUGUAUCUUGCUAAAAUGAAAAAAUCUUUGAUUUUGAUUACAUGACUGAUGGUCAUGUAAUCUG